AUGGAAGACGAUCAGCAGAGACCAAAGAGGAAUACCAAAGGAGCAGACUCAGAGAAGCGUGCCGAAGCACUCCGCAAAAUCAACAUCCGCAGACAAGGCGGCGGAGGCGACAACGGCAUAGACCGUUACCAGAUAAAGAUCGAUGAACCGAUCUACGAUACCGUUGACGAGGAUGAGUACCAGGCCCUAGUCGCCAAUCGCCGUGAAGAUUUCAAAGGGUUUAUUGUGGACGAUGACGGUCUUGGUUACGGGGACGAAGGCGAAGAAGUUGAUUGGACUCAAUCCGGUGUAGUUCCGUCCUCUGAAGAGGAAUCGGAAGGUGAAUUGGAGAGGAAGAAGCGCAAGAAGACGAAAACGGAAAAGGAAAAGAAGGAACAUAAAAAGCCUUCGUUUGAAGCUGCGGCUGCUUUAAUGGGUAAGCAAAGGAUAUCUAACUUGUUUACGUCUGCUGUUUUUAAUAAGAGUAAGCCUGCGAUGGUGUCUUCCGAUAGCAUUGUCGAUGAUGUGAUUGCUGAGUUCGCACCGGAUGAGAAUGAUAAAGAGAAAAGGAGGCGAGGAAACAAAAGAUUAUCUGAAAACGAUAAAAUUUUAGCGCCAACUAGUUUGAUUACAUCGGUUAAGGCUGAGAAGGCACCUGCAAGUUUGGUGGUUGGUAGUACUUUAUUGUCAAAUAGUUUACAUAAACAUGACGUACUUGAAGAAGAGAAGGAAUUGUUAGAGAUACCUAACAAUGGGAAAGAUUUGGGUGUUGUGGAGGAGCCAGCUGUGGUGCCAAGUCAAGUUGAGGAGUUAAUGGAUGAGGAACUGAAAGUUGAGCCAAUGGUGAAUAGGGCUGAUACUUGGACUUUAAAUGCGAAAAUUAAAGAGGAAAAGGAUCCAACUUUCAGUGCAACUGCAGGAUUGCAGAUAAUUGAAAAUUCUUGUUUGAUUGCUGACAUCGGCCCUGGUUUGAAUUCUGAUGAAAAACCGCCAUUCGUAGUAGAUUCUGAUGGAUCUCUGCCUUUCUAUGUGCUCGAUGCUUAUGAGGAGUUUUCUGGUUCUAAUGCUGGCAAUAUCUAUCUGUUUGGGAAGGUCAAAGCAGGAAUUACUUAUCACAGCUGCUGUGUGGUAGUGAAGAAUAUGCAGAGAUGCAUAUAUGCUAUCCCGAAUGGUCCUGUAUUUGAAGACUCUGCCAUUGUGAAGCUUGUGAGAGAUGUUGAAGAGUCAAAAGUGUCGUCUACAGCUUUUCACACCAAGCUUCAUGAGAUGGCAUUUGGAUUGAAGGCCAACAUAACAAAAGAGUUGCUUGACCGAAAUGUCUCAAACUUUAGCAUGAAACCUGUUAAGAGGAAUUAUGCAUUUGAGAGAUCCGACAUAGAGCGCAAAGAGAAUUAUGUACUUAAAAUCAGUUAUCCAUUUAAGGACCCACCACUUCCUUCAGAUCUUAAGGGAGAGACCUUCUGUGCUCUGCUUGGAACACAUAGCAGCGCUUUGGAGCUUUUUCUUAUCAAAAGAAAGAUAAAGGGACCCUCGUGGCUGUCAAUUUCAAAGUUCUCUAGCUGUACCACUGCUCAGCGUGUUAGCUGGUGCAAAUUUGAGGUUACUGUUGAUUGCCCAAAGGACAUUCAAGUUGCAACUUCCUCAAAAAAUACUAGUGAGAUUCCUCCUGUGGUUGUUACUGCAAUCAAUCUGAAAACCAUAAUAAACCAAAAACAGAAUACAAAUGAAAUCGCCUCUGCAUCUGUCAUCUGCUGUCAUAAGGCUAAGAUCGACACACCUAUGUUAGCCUCAGAAUGGACAAGGCCUGGAAUGCUAAGCCAUUUUACUGUUGUGCGAAAGCUUGAGGAUGGCUUGUUUCCAAUGGGGUUUAGUAAAGAGGCAGCAGAUAGAAAUUUAAAGGCCGGAUCGAACAUCAUUAGCAUGGAGAGCAGUGAAAGAGCUUUAUUAAACCGGUUGAUGAUCGAAUUACACAAAUUAGAUAGUGAUGUUCUUGUUGGCCACAACAUAUCUGGAUUUGACUUGGAUGUUCUUCUCAACAGAGUGAAGGCUUGCAAAGUUCCUAACAGCAUGUGGUCCAAAAUAGGACGGCUCAAGCGCUCUGAGAUGCCUAGACUUAAUAAAGGGAGCACAGUUUUUGGUUCCGGAGCAAGUCCAGGAAUUAUGUCCUGCAUUGCAGGCCGGCUCUUAUGUGACACCUUUUUGUGUGCUCGUGACCUGUUGAAGGAGGUUAGUUAUUCGCUCACAGAACUUGCCAAGACUCAAUUGAGUAAGAACCGGAAAGAGGUUGCUCCACAUGACGUUCCCCGGCUGUUCCAAAGUUCCCAAACCCUAAUGGAGCUUAUUGAAAUCGGGGAGACAGAUGCAUGGUUGUCAAUGGAACUCAUGUUCCAUUUGAGUGUUCUUCCCCUCACACGUCAACUGACAAAUAUUAGUGGUAAUCUCUGGGGAAAAACUCUUCAGGGUGCUAGAGCUCAAAGAGUCGAAUAUCUUUUGUUGCAUGCAUUCCAUGCUAAGAAAUUUAUGGUACCAGACAAGUCUUAUUUGCCAAAGGAAGGCAAAACAGUGAAACGUAAAUCGGAUGGCCUUGAGGACAAAGUAAUCAAUGAUUUGGGUGUGAAUGAUGAGAUACAGUCUGAGCCUGUAAAAUCCAAAAAAGCACCUGCAUAUGCAGGUGGACUGGUGUUGGAACCCAAAAGAGGUCUAUAUGAUAAAUAUAUUUUACUUCUGGAUUUCAACAGUCUCUACCCUUCUAUCAUCCAGGAAUAUAAUAUCUGCUUUACAACAGUAGAGAGAUCCCAAGAUGAUUUACUUCCCCGCUUACCAUCUUCCAAAGCAACUGGAGUUCUUCCUGAGUUACUCAAAAAUUUGGUUGAGAGAAGGAAACAUGUUAAAAAGCUGUUGAAGACUGCAACAGGUCUCAAGCUGCAACAGUUUGAUAUACAACAGCAAGCACUGAAGCUAACGGCUAAUAGUAUGUAUGGAUGCCUGGGUUUUUCCAAUUCCAGAUUCUAUGCAAAGCCACUUGCAGAACUUAUUACGCUACAAGGGAGAGAGAUUUUACAAAGUACUGUAGAUCUUGUACAGAACAAUUUAAACUUGGAGGUGAUUUAUGGUGACACUGAUUCAAUUAUGAUAUACACUGGACUUGACGACAUCAGUAAAGCCAAAUCUAUCGCAGGAAAUGUCAUCAAAGAGGUCAACAAGAGAUACAAGCGUUUAGAAAUUGAUCUUGAUGGUCUAUACAAGAGAAUGCUGCUACUUAAAAAGAAGAAAUAUGCAGCCGUUAAAGAGCAAAUUAGAGAUGGGAAAGUGUACAAGGUUAUAGAGCGGAAGGGUCUUGAUAUGGUUCGACGUGACUGGAGUUUGUUAUCAAAGGAGACUGGAGAUUUCUGCCUGGGACAAAUAUUAUCUGAGCUGUCAUGCGAGGAAGUUGUUGAAUCAAUACACAACAAACUCAGGAAGGUACAAGAGGAUAUGAGGAAUGGAGAAAUAGGUUUGGAGAAAUAUAUUAUUACGAAAACUUUAACCAAACCACCUGAAGCCUACCCAGAUGCUAGAAGUCAACCUCAUGUUGAAGUUGCACUCAGACUGCGGAAACUAGGAUACACCAGUGGUUGUUCUGCUGGUGAUACAGUUCCGUAUAUAGUUUGCUGUGAGCAGGGGAAAGGUUCAAGUACAUCAGCAGGGAUUGCUCAGCGUGCAAGACAUCCUGAUGAACUGACAAAGGAUAAUGAAAACUUGAUGAUAGACAUCGACUAUUAUCUGGCACAGCAGAUUCAUCCGGUAGUAUCACGUUUAUGUGCAUCAAUCGAGGGUACAAGCCCAGCUUGUUUGGCUGAUUGUUUAGGGCUUGAUCCUUCCAAGUUCCAAAGCAAAUCAAGCGAAGUCGCAAACAACGAUCAUUCAGGCUCAGUUCUCUGCAUGACAGAUGAUGAAGAGAGAUACCGAGGUUGUGAGGCGUUAAGUUUGUCAUGUCCUGGCUGCUCUGCUACUUUUGAAUGUACAUCUGUUCUCAGUUACAUACGUACAGCAACCAACCUUGAAAAGCCAGCAGACUUGGCAUCCAACACCAGCUUCUGGCACAAACUAUCUUGCCCUAAAUGUCAACUGGAAGUUCCUCCACCAUCAAUAGCCAACCAGGUAAAAAGACUAGCUGAAUCUUUCAUAUCAACAUACUACAAGGGAUUAAUGACGUGUGAUGAUGAAACCUGCGAUUAUACUACACGAAGCUUGAACUUGCGAGUGGUUGGGGACUCAGAGAGAGGAACUAUAUGUCCUAAUUAUCCUCGCUGCAACGGUCGUCUAGUAAGACAGUAUUCCGAAGCAGAUGUGUACAAGCAACUCUCUUAUUUCUGCUAUCUCCUAGAUGCUGCUCGAUGCAUCGACAAGGUUGAUGGCAAGCUUCGAGCUUCAGUUGAGAAAGAAGUUGCUAGGAUAACACCGUUGGUUGAAUUAGCCUCGUUGACAGUGCACAAGGUUAGGGACAGGUGUGAUUAUGGUUGGGUCAAACUCAAUGAUCUAUUCUAAUUACUUUGAAAACAGAUGUGGCAGGAAUU